UCAUUUGCUGGAAAAUGAUAGAAGCAGGUUGGCCGGGAACAGUACAUUAAAGUAAUUCCAACAUUUCAGCUCGGCACUUUCUUUUCUACAGGAAAUUAAGGAUUGCUGGGGAACACGCACAUAAAUAACUCAAAAAUCUAUCUUAAAAUAUUUUCCCAUAAAAAAUAUGGCCAAUUCCGUCAAGAGAAAUCUGAGAAAACAAAAGAACCAAACCAUAAAAAUUGAUGGAGAAGAAUACGACUACAUGAAUAGUAAAGAAGAAUUAAAAGCUUCCGUCCAAGCUUUGAAUAAAUCCAAUGAAAAAAACGUAGGCGAGGACUUGGCGAAACUCAACCAACAAUUAAAGGAAAUGAGCCUUGACGAAUUUAAAGAGUUAUACAACUGUAUUCGGUUUCAAAACGGAUUUACCAAAAUCAGGCAACUUUACGGGGAAAAUUGUUUGCCUGAACUUUCCCUGAAGGCCCAACAGCUCGAAAAUAUUUCUACCGAAUUAGAGAAGCAUCUUGGGUCUGAAUUUCGCGAUGUUGUCAUAGCAACGGGAUUCAAACUUUUGGAAGUUUGUAAAAUUGGGAUGGAAUUUUUGGCCAUGGUCAUUAUGAAGCUUCUCGAUAUUUUGAUCGCCCAUAAGAACCAAGUUUUGAACUUUGUUUCUCAAGCCGGGCUAGCAAUCCUUCCGCGAAUUGUCGCAAGAUUUUCCGGUGAAAGUGCUAAUGCUUCUGGACUUGAAAUUUCUGCCAAUGUCGCUUUGGACAUAUUCAAAAUUUUAAUUUCUACAAUAAACCAAUGAAACAAAUUUUUGAUAUUAUUUUUUAAAGAAAUAAAUUUGCGACAAUGCUGAUAUGGCCAUAUUUAAAA